GCCACUCCUUAUAUAUUUUCACUUUUAUAACAUACCCCAACCAAAGUAGACAUACAACAUACCCCAACCAAUGUCUACUUUGGUUGGUUCAUCUUUAUUUGCAACUGUCAACACAAAGUAUCCCAACAAAACAUACAAAACAAUGGCCACCUGUGUGGACAACUCAAGAACAUCCCAACCCACUCCAAGCCAUCAUCUCUCAGUCUCAGAUCAACCCCAAUUCUACAAUCCCGUUUCCAAGUUAUUGAAGUUUUACAGACCAUGUUUGACAGAUUUUGUUUCACAAACAGCUACUAACCUGAACCUCGAACAACUCCCUCAGCCUCGGAGAACUUUCAUUGAAGAUACCAAAGGAGAAGAAGCGAAGAAAGAUUACAUAUGGAUGAAAAUGAGAGAGGAGUCUUAUAUGGAUGUUGAACGGGAGCCUAUCUUGUCUAGCUAUUAUUUUGCUUCAAUUUUGGCUCAUAAUUCUUUAGAAAACGCGCUGGCGAAUCAUCUUGCAAAUAAACUGAGCAACUCUACCCUGCCUGUGCAUACCCUUUACGAUAUAUUUUCUGGUGUUCUUUAUGAAGAUCAGGAAAUUUUGGAAGCCAUAAAAGAAGAUUUGAAGGGAGUGAAAGAGAGAGACCCAGCAUGCACAAGUUAUGUGCACUGUUUCUUGAACUACAAAGGCUUCCUUGCAUGUGAAGCUCAUAGGGUGGCACAUAAUCUAUGGUUGCGAGGCAGAGAGGCCUUGGCACUAUUGAUUCAGAAUAGGGUGUCUGAGGUGCUUGCAGUGGAUAUCCAUCCCGGGGCCAAGAUCGGAUGUGGCAUAUUGCUCGAUCAUGGCACCGGGGUAGUGAUAGGAGAGACGGUGGUGAUAGGAAACAAUGUGUCAAUUCUGCAUAAUGUGACUUUGGGAGGAACAGGCAAGGAGUGUGGGGAUAGGCACCCAAAGAUUGGAGAUGGGGUACUAAUAGGGGCAGGGACCAAUGUGUUAGGGAAUGUAAGGAUUGGUGAAGGUGCUAAGAUUGGGGCUGGUGCUGUUGUGUUAAAAGAUGUACUUCCAAGAACUACUGCAGUUGGGAACCCAGCAAGAUUGGUUGGGAGGAAUGACCUGUUUAGGCUUGACACAGUCCAAGCACUUAACCAUGUUAUCUAGUACUUUAACACUUCAGUCUCUUACCAUUUACCAUCUGUAUUCACCUUACAAUGUUUUAUGUUACCAAGCAAUUAUUAUGGCAAACAAUCUGA